CUCAUAGCCUAGAGCGAGUCAAUUUAUGGAAAGACAAGUCGACCCUUUAAUGGUUCCCAUCAAAACCACUAAAAACAUCAUCAGACCGGCCGGCUUGCGCGGGCGUUGCUGUGGCGGACCCGCGCGGCUUUCUACCAGCUGUGACAGACCCCGACCCAAACAAACGCGCGCAGAGACGUUCCGUGGGAGUUUCAACCGAGCUUUUCGCCUCCCACGAGAGAAGAGAAGUUCGCGUUUUCGCCUCAAGUUUUUCAACAUUUUAAGUCCGCUUCUCCUGCAUCCGGGAUACUUUUUGCAGGAGGCGGCAGAAGUGGCCUGAAGAUCACCGGUCCGCUCUGCGCCUUCGUUUACUCCUAAAAGGUUCUUUCCCUUUUCUUUUUUUUUGUUCUUCAUCUCCGGCUUUUAUCCAGGCGAGUUUGCUGGUUCAUGUUCACAAAUGUUAGCGGUCGGGCAGAUGGAGGCUAACCGGCAGAGUGCUUUCGUCCUGGGCAGCACCCCGCUGGCGGCGUUGCACAACAUGACCGAGAUGAAGACGUCCCUCUUCCCGUACUCGCUGCAGCAGAGCCCGGGGGGCUUCAAGGCGCCCCAGCUCUCCUGCCUCAACUCCCACAUGGCCAUGGGGACCCCGCACGGAAUAAGCGACAUCCUGGGGAGACCCAUCACCACGGCCGGGCAGCUGCUCUCCGGCUUCCCGCGGAUAAACGGCCUGACCACCACGGCGGCGGCGGCCGCGGCGGCGGGGAUGUACUUCAGCCCGGCGAUGUCUCGGUACCCGAAGCCUCUGGCCGAGCUGCCGGGCAGGGCGCCCAUCUUCUGGCCCGGGGUGAUGCAGGGCUCUCCGUGGAGGGACCCGCGGCUUCCUUGUCCCAGUCAAGCUAAUAUGAUGUUGGACAAGGACGGAAAGAAGAAACACUCCAGACCAACCUUCUCGGGACAGCAGAUUUUUGCACUGGAGAAAACCUUCGAGCAGACUAAAUACCUGGCGGGCCCCGAGAGAGCCCGGCUGGCUUACUCUUUAGGAAUGACCGAGAGCCAAGUCAAGGUGUGGUUCCAGAACCGGAGGACCAAAUGGCGGAAGAGACACGCGGCGGAAAUGGCCACGGCCAAGAAGAAGCACGACUCGGAGACGGAGAAGAUGAAGGAGAGCUCGGACAACGAGGACGACGACGAGUACAACAAGCCCCUGGACCCCAACUCGGACGACGAGAAGAUCACGAGACUGUUGAAAAAGCACAAGGCCACCAACCUGGCGCUGAUCAGCCCGUGCAGCAACAGCUCGGACACCUUGUGAUGGUCGGACCGCCGGCCUGGGGGGCCCGAGGGGCGGGGGGGGGUGAGGAAGGACAAAUAGGCCCGACGGAGACUUACGCAUUAAGCUCGGGCACAGCAAAUGCGUGAGCAACACAAAAAAAAUACAAAACACCCCGAAUGUGCGCAGAGGACGCGCGGAAAGACGCGGACACGUGACCAGAGACGCGUUUCGGCUGCAUCCGAAAAGACACUCAAAGACACGGAGACACGAGUCCUUUGCAGCGUGGACUUCAGGAAGACUCGCGGUGGACACUUUGUGGCCGGUAAAAAAAAAAUUGACACGAACAUGUCGGAACGGGAGUUCUAACAACACGUGUAAAUGAAGACUACACACUCACACACACACACACACACACACACACACACACACACACACACACACACACACACACACACACACACACACACACACACACACACACACACACACACACACACACACGCGCGCGCGCACUCACUAUCCGGAUCAGUGUUGGGUCGUUCAUGUGACUUUUAUACCGCACGUAACGCCGCUUUGCGUCACUCCCGCAGUUUUAGUUCACCGCACUUGUUACAUUAGCUCCCUUUCCCAAUGAGGUCACGUGGUUUGCUCUGUUAAUCCGUUUACUCACAAUAAUUGUCAAAUGCAUUUUUAUUUUCCACCUCCACUCAUCAGUUAAACGAAGACGACCCCGUUGUAUGUCACGUGA